GAACACAGACACUAUCUUCCUCUCUCUCAUUUGCACACAGACAGAAAAAACUAGGGUUUGCAUUUCGUAGCAGCAAUGGCGCCGACGAAGGAGAGAGCACCUAGGGUUAGCCGCAACCCUGAUUUGAUCAGAGGAAUUGGAAAGUUCUCAAAGUCGCAGAUGUAUCACAAGAAAGGUAUCUGGGCUAUUAAGGCAAAAAACGGUGGCGUUUUCCCUCGUCAUGAUCCUAAACCUAAGCCCGAAACUGCUGCUGAAAAACCACCAAAAUUUUAUCCUGCUGAUGAUGUGAAAAAACCUCUUCGUAACAAGCACAAGCCUAAGCAGACUAAGCUCAGGGCAAGCAUCACUCCCGGCACAGUGCUGAUUCUUCUUGCUGGUAGAUUUAAGGGCAAGAGGGUGGUGUUUUUGAAGCAGCUUCCUUCUGGAUUGCUUCUUGUAACUGGUCCCUUCAAGAUCAACGGAGUUCCUUUGAGACGUGUGAAUCAGGCCUAUGUGAUUGGUACAUCAACCAAAGUCGAUAUCUCCGGUGUUAAUGUGGAUAACCUUGAUGACAAGUACUUUUCAAAGGAAGCCAAAAAGAAGAGCAAGGGAGAAGGCGAAUUCUUUGAGUCAGACAAGGAGGAGAAAAAGGCGUUACCUCAGCAGAAGAAAGAUGACCAGAAAACAGUGGACGCUGCAUUGAUAAAAGCUAUUGAGAGCGUUCCAGACUUGAAGACUUAUCUUGGUGCCAGGUUUUCUCUCAAGGCAGGUGUGAAGCCACACGAACUCGUCUUCUAGUUUGGAGGAAAGAGGGAUGCUAUGCUUGCAUUUUAUAAUUUUUUUAAUGGAACUUGGUUCAGAUAGUUGCACUUUCUUAACUGUAAUAUGGAAUUCUGCUGGAGAUAUUCCUUCCUGCAAUUUUGCUAUUGUGAACGUUUUUGUUGAUUUUAUGAAUUUUAGUUAUUGUGAGGUUUCACUUGAGCAUGCCAAA